AUGAGCGGCGAUAUUGUUUGUCGUAAUCUCUCAUUCGCCUUCGUGGUAAUCGUUCUUUUAUCUUUGUACACAUUCCCAAACCCCCCGGAGCUUUAUAUAGCGGAAUUCUCAGUUCCAGCCUUCAAGAACUCGUCAAACAACACGGCAGAAAACAUAUCUUUCGACCUUACACUCUGCAAUGUCAAUCUCGCAAUCGGUCUUUACUACGAUUACCCCUUAAGCAUUGCGUUCUUUUAUUACCCAUACGAAGAUCCCUUCCAGGAAUAUGUAUGGGCAGGCACACUGCCGGGCUUUUACCAAGGUAAUGGCAAGACUAAGCAUAUAAGAUCACUCGAGGGGAAAGACCUUCAAUUUCCAUCUACGGUGGUAGUUGACCCAGAAGAGCACACCGAAGAUCUGGUAGAGACUAAUCACGUGAGAACUCUGCUCAAAGAUCAUCUCCAGCUGCCGUCGACGUUCGCAGAGACUCGUAAGGACAUGGUGGGUCGGAUACUGGAGGUGAAUAUUAAGAUCGCUGUUGUUAUUAACUAUAGAUUCAAGUACUGGGUCGGAUCAUCUAAGCAUCACCUCGAGCUGGGUGCUGACGUGGUCGUUGACAGUAACACUGGUGAGAUGAUUUCGCCUGGACUCAUUGAGUUGGUAAAAUCCGAAGCCCCCGCCGGAGGACCAGUCAUGCUCGUGGUAGUUUUUAUUUCAUUUCUUCUUAUUAUGUGUUAUUAA